CAUCCAAACUUUCGGGAAGGCGAGGGAGCGCGAGAAACAAGAGUGAUGUUAGCCUCCGCCGUGUCGCCGUUGAUGUCCCUCCUCUCGCCUCCCUCCCUCUCUCACUCCAAGCUCCCGGCUUGUGUCAAGCUCCGGCCAGACGGCGCCGGACGGUUCCGCUGCUCCGCGGGGCAGACCGGGUUCUUCACUAGACUUGGCCGUCUGAUUAAAGAGAAGGCCAAGAGCGACGUAGAGAAGAUCUUCUCCGGCUUCUCCAAGACCCGCCAGAACCUCGCUGUCAUCGAUGAGCUCCUUCUCUACUGGAACCUCUCCGAAACUGACCGCGUCCUCGACGAGCUCGAAGAGGCCUUGCUGGUAUCCGAUUUCGGCCCUAAGAUUUCGAUGAAGAUUGUUGAUAGUCUGCGAGAUGAUAUAUUGGCGGGGAACCUCAAAUGAAGUGAGAUAAAGGAUGCACUGAAAAAAAGUGUUCUUGAGCUGUUGAAGACCAAAGGUAGCAAGACUGAACUUCAACUGGGAUUCAGGAAGCCUGCUGUUAUUAUGGUGGUUGGUGUGAAUGGAGGUGGAAAGACGACAUCCCUUGGAAAACUUGCUCAUAGGUUGAAGAAUGAAGGGGUUAAGGUAUUAAUGGCAGCUGGUGACACGUUUAGAGCUGCAGCUAGUGAACAGCUAGAAGUAUGGGCAGAGAGAACUGGAUCAGAAAUAGUUACAGCUCAAGAUGAUAAAGUUAAAGCCUCAUCAGUUCUUUCGCAGGCUGUAAAGAAGGGGAAGGAACAAGGAUAUGACGUUGUUCUAUGUGAUACAUCUGGGCGUCUGCACACAAAUUAUAGCUUGAUGGAAGAGUUGAUUGCAUGCAAGAAAGCUGUUGCCAAAGUCGUCUCCGGGGCUCCUAAUGAGGUCCUGCUGGUUUUGGAUGGAACAACAGGCUUAAAUAUGCUUCCUCAAGCAAGAGAAUUUAAUGAGGUGGUUGGAAUCACGGGCUAUAUUUUGACAAAGCUUGAUGGUUCUGCUCGAGGUGGCUGCGUGGUCAGUGUUGUUGAUGAGAUUGGCAUCCCUGUAAAAUUUGUGGGUGUUGGCGAAGGGGUGGAUGACCUACAACCUUUUGAUGCUGAGGCCUUUGUCGAUGCUAUUUUCUCUUGAGCUAUCAGAAAGACAUGGACUGCUUGAGCCAAUUCCUAUAAACGCUCAUAACUUUUGCCUACCACCUACCUUGGAAAGAAUGAUUUUGCACAUAUUUGCAAGGCAACAGCAAUGGAGACACAUAAGUGAAAUAUUGGUUAGCUCAAAUGUCUGAAUAAUCUUGUUCCCAUUGAAGUAUUGAUAACAGAAUGAUUUUCCAUCUUUGUAAAUUAUCUAUUUCCAAAGUUAGUUUAUAA